AUGCUUCGAACAUUUCCACGAUUAGUAUUACCUGAUAAUGUUCUUUCAUUCGAAGGAGAGAAUUUUCUCCAACUAGUCAAACAAGCUUGUGGAGAAGUUUUUAAAGAAUUGAUGGAAGUACUUUCGAUCAAUUCAGUAUAUAAAUUACUUUUGAUUGAAAAAGAUAUUCUUUCUGUUUUCCAGAAGAAUUAUAAAGAACUAGUAAAUAUAUCACAACGAGCUUGUCUUCAUUCCGAUGAUGGUGAAAUAAUGCUUAAGCCUGGUUUACGCUUAGAUUUUGAUCGUUUUAUUGAAACUCUUCAUGCUAUAAACAAUCGAAACCAGCAGCAGGAACGAACAUCUAGUUUUAAUGAUGAUAUCUUGUCUUUGUUAAAACGAUUAAUAAAAUCAAAGCAAAUAAAUGAAGGCAGUGAUGCACAAAAUAGCUAUUCAUUUCUGAUAGCUUUUUUCGAAAAUAUUCUUAAUAAUAUUCCGAAGAAUAAGAAUAACUAUCGAUAUAGCGAGAGUGUAUUACAUUUUGCACAAGCAUUGUAUAUACUAGGUGGAAGAAAUACAUAUGAAUUCAUUCGUUUGAAUUUAAUAGGUUCUAUUCCUGCCUUGUCCACAUUACAAGAUAGUCUUGCAAAAGCCGGUGCAAGCAUUGAGGAAGGUACUUUCCGAUACGAUGCACUUAAUCAGCAUCGAACAUCAUUUAACUAUCAGGUUGCUGUCUGUUCUGAAGACGCAACCGCGGUCAUAAAGAAAAUUACAUAUAAUGCUAGUACUAAUACCUUUCAUGGAUUCUCAACUCCAUUGAGACACGGUAUUCCUAUUUCUCGUCACUUUCAAACUGACUCAUUUGAUGAAUUACAAGGGUGGUUCGAGAAUACGGAUAGAGCAAACUAUCUAAAUCUUCACAUGGUUCAGCCACUAAUGGCGUCUAAUCCGUAUUCGUCGCCGUUUAUCUUAGCGGCAUAUGGGAUCAGCAACAAAUUUAAAGCCGUCGAUGUUCUUCAUCGAUGGAUAUGGAAAUUCGAGAAGUCUCGAGAGUCUAGUGUUCGUAUUGUUGCUUUCGCAACUGAUUGCGAUCCACGUUAUUUGCUUGCGAUGCGUCUUGCUACAUCGUUUUUUGCCAAGUAUAAUAACUAUUCCAUGCACGAUCAUCCAAAUGCACUUGAGAUCGAUUUACCUAAAGACUGGAGAACCUGGUUCUUUAUGUCAACUCGACAAGUCUUUUUUUGUUUUCAAGAUCCAAUGCAUUUGUGCACAAAACUUCGUAAUCGUAUUCUUUCUAACACCGCCUCAAUGCUAAUUGGAAAAGAAGCAGUUUCUAUCGAAGUACUAAUGGACCUAGUUCAGAAUACAUCAAAACUUGCUCAUGGGCUCGUUAAAACAGACAUUGAUCCGAAAGAUCGACAGAAUGUUUCGUCUUGUCUCAAACUAGCUAGUGAUGAUGUAUCUCUUGCUCUAGAAGACAUUAAUAAUUCUCUAGCAACACGAAUUUAUUUGUACCUCUUACGUUGUAUCGUAUUAGCAUAUGUAGAGCACAAUACAUCGAUCGUUGAUCGUAUCUAUAAUAGCUGGCUAGCAGUUUUUAUAUGUCGUAUAUGGCAGACAUGGUUGCUAAUAGUUGAUAAAAAGGAUAUGAUAGGAUAUUAUUCUGAAUACAAAAAAGAUAAUCUAUUUAUCACGGUUCCUACACAUUUUUCAAUUGAGCUUAAUGCUCAUACUUUACUUGCAAUUUGUCUUCUUGUGCGCCAGCAUCAGUUGCCUGAUUCAUCUCUUUUAAUAUCAAAUUAUCAUUCACAGUCGUGUGAAUCAACGUUUCGGCUAACAAGAUCAAUGUCAGGAGCUUUUUCGUCGGUAGUAAAUUUUACUACUGAUCAAUUUCUUAAACGAGCUGGAAAGCUCUCUGUAUUAACCGACUUGGAGAGCAAAAGUGAGUCGGGUCAAUUGGACUGUCCAUUGCAGUUUCCAAAGCAUCAUAAGCGACGACGAAAACGUCUUGCUCUGAAAAAAAUAGCUUCUAGUGCAUCUGAUGAUGAUCAUCUUUCGAAUGCUAAUAUUAAAAAUGUCAUUUCUCGUGCUUUCGACGAUGCUUACAAUCUUCUCGCCAAACUUGGUGUGAACAUUGUUCUGGAAAAAAAAAAGAUGAAUAGCAUCGAUGGUGUGAGCUCGUUUGUACGUACUCAAUUUGAAAACAAAUUCAAAAAAAUCUCAUACGAUGAUUCUCAAUCAUACUCAUCAGAUGAAGAAUCUAGUGAGUAUUUAAAAUCUAAUGUUGAUCUUUCACCAAGAUCCGAUGAUGAUUGUUCGUCUGAAGAUGAUGAUGAUAUACCAUCGCUUUCAGCAAAUGGUAAACAACAAUUUCAUGGGAUGAGAAUCUUUGAUAAUGUUUCUCCUUCCGUAUCGAACUCAUACUUCAAAGUUGAUAUUGAUGGCAAAAAACAAUUUAUCCACAAGCAAACAGCUUGCUGGCUUUUAGCAGAUGGUAAAGCUAAUUUGUCAGCUGAUCGGCUUAAACGAGUUCAACAAUCAAGUCGUUAG